UCCUCCUGUCUCCACCAACUCCUGCCCCUCAAUCAUUGAUUACCCUCUCUCCCUCUUCUCUGCUUCCCCCCAAGGCAAAAACCCCCCAGCCCUGCCCCCGAAAAAACACACACUCACACACUUUUAAAAAAAAAAGAGUUUUAUUUUUUAUUUAUUUCUAUCCUUCGCUUCAUAUCGUUAUGGUGAAAUAGAGCUGAAGAAAGAAAAACGUCCAAUUUUUACUCAAUCAAGAAAGGGGGGGAAAAAGGUCUGUUUCUACAGCUACUGAAAGGUUGCAGCUGCCAAGACUACUACUACCUAUGUCAUCGGCGUCGGCAGACGGUAACGGUAACGGUAACGGAGCAAUUAUUGACCCGAGUCAAAGGGUUACGAGCAGUAAUAACGGCUCUGCUGCUUUGGCCGUUAAGAAGCCGCCGGCGAAAGACCGGCAUAGCAAGGUGGACGGACGGGGCCGCCGUAUUCGUAUGCCGAUUAUUUGCGCAGCUAGGGUUUUUCAGUUGACGAGGGAGCUAGGUCACAAGUCCGACGGCCAAACCAUUGAGUGGCUUUUGCGUCAGGCUGAGCCGUCUAUCAUUGCAGCCACGGGUACCGGAACGACUCCGGCGAGUUUCUCUACUGUUUCUCCUGCCUCCGCGAGGAACUCGGUGGGUACACUGUCAGCUCCGCUGGACCAUAAACCGCUGUCACAGCAGCACCAGCACCAGCAGCAGCCGUUGAUUGCGCCGACGCCGUUUAUUCUAGGGAAGCGACUCCGGUCUUCCAAUGAGGAUGAUAGUAUUAACGAGAAAGAUGAUGCUUCUGCUGCAGCGGCAGCAGCUACUGUUGUGGGGUCUGCAGCACUUGGGGGAGGGUUUUGGGCCCUCCCAGCCCGGCCCGACUUAGGGCAAGUAUGGAGUUUUGCUGCUGCGGCGGCUCAGCCGGAGAUGGUAGUGCCGACAUUGAACGCUCCGCAGCAGUCCGGUAUGGCUAGGUUUCUACAACAGUCUACCCCAAUGGGGGAGGCUUCUGCUGCUAGGGUUGGGAAUUAUCUGCCUAUAGCUCACCAAGGCCACCUGAAUUUGCUGGCUUCAUUAUCUGGUCCUCCGCCACCUCCCUCUUCGGAACAAAGAGAAGGCGAUGCCCGUUGAAAUAGUAGCUCUCAGUUUAAAUUAGUUGUGGUUAUUAUUGUCCCCUGUUUGUUGUUAAUAUGUGUGUGUGGAUUUGUUUUUUUAUGUGGUUUGCGUUGGUUUGAUUUUGUCUACUUAGAGACAAGAAAAGCAGUAGUAUAAGUUUAGUUUGUGUUAGGACCCAGAAGAAAUUUUCUUCAAUGCACAAUCGUGGCGGUUUAAGGAGUUUGUUGUUGUUUAUUUUGAUUGUAGCAGUUUGGCUGGGUACUCAUUUGAAUGCUGUCUGGAUAGCAUCUUAUUUUGUAUUGUAUCGUUCAGGGUGUUGUUUCUAAUAGCACUCCAAAGUUCAGCUGCUAAACAGCACUGGUAGGACCCAAAAUAGGCGAGGGCCUAUUUUGUUUAGUGAUUCCAAUUUGUGUAUCAACUAGUCAAAUAAUGAAUUUAUUCAUUUCUCUAUAUUGUUUC